AUUUGAUCCCAAGAUAUGGCACAACAGAUGAAACACAAGAAGACAUCACUCGAGACCACAGAUGACGGCAAUGAAGACAACAUUCAACACGCAAAUAUUUACGCGAAGAACUCAAUGGACAGAUUCGGUGAUGACAUGUGUGCACUCAUAUUAUCCUAUCUCUCACUCGAAGAUCGGUUUCGAUUGGAAUGUGUGUCCAAACAGUUCCAGAGGACAGUCUUCAGUAGUGUUGUCUUUAUUGAUAUCUACGAUCAAUUUGAUGGUAAAUCCAAGACUUGUUUCACAGCUAUUAUUGAAUUGUUGGCCAAAAAGUUUCCAAACAUUCAAACCAUUGACUUUCGAGAAAUGUUUAUUGAAUGCGAAGAACAGAUUACAGAAGUGUUGCGAUUAUUUCGAGACAAUUGUCUUAAUUUGCGAGAAGUUUACUGUUUUUUAGAGGAAGAAACGGCACAAUUGUAUCGACAGUUCGGACCACUGGUCACACGAAUCGAGUGCACUGAAUUGUCCGACACUGUCGUCGACACCACUUCCGGACAACUAUUGGCCAACAAUUUAGAGACAUUAAAGAUAUAUAACUAUUACGCCAAAGACAGCCAACUAUUGUCUGCAUACGUGGCACACAAUCAGUGUCUCAAAUGUCUAGACAUUGGAAAUUUUAACGACGAUCUGAACGCUACUCUUCCCGAACUGGCCGUACAAUUGUCACGAUUACCACAAUUACGGCGAUUGAGACUCGCGUUGGAUCUAAUGAAUGACAACAACUCUGUGCACAACUUUUUGCGUACAAUUGGUGUGAAUUGCAAACAAUUGCAACGAUUGUCACUCAGGUUUUGCAGCGAUCCACUCAUUAGUAAUGUUAAAGCGUUGGAUUCAUUGCGAUAUUAUUGCCGAUUAAAACGAUUGCAUUUAACAAUAUAUGCGGACAUCGAGAAUAUGUUGGAACCGUUGAGACACUGCAAGAGAUUAACGCAUUUAAAGUUGGAUUUACAGGGAAUGAAAGCACAUGUGUUGAAGGAUUUGCAUCAAUACUGUCCGCGACUUCACUACCUAUUCAUUCAUGACUUUAAUAACACGAUAGACACCGAGUGUUUGUCACACAUCUCAAGACUACCGGCGCUGCAAACGCUUGUCAUUGGCUUUGAAAACUGUGGCGCAGAAACUGAAGAGCUUUCGGAUAAUGAUUACUCGGAUCUGUUGUCCAGAAGUCCUAAACUCAAGAACAUUACAAUCAAUGCAUCUGGAUCGGUUUACAGUGCACAGGCAUCUGUUUGCAUCGGCAAGAUAGACAUAUCACCAUGCUGGUGUAGCAAUGAGACCACGGUCAUUUGCGAUUCUAAAUCAUUAACCGACCUAACGUUGGAGGCUGUAUUCAGUAAAUUUGACCAGGCACUAAAUUCGCUUGAAUUUGCUGAAAGCCAUGGUUUACACGAAGUAACGCUCGACACGGUAUACAUCAACAGUACAUCGAUAGUACAGUUGCGGCCAAAACUAUUCGCAAACUUACGUUUUAAGCGCUUUAUCAUUGAAAACGCUUAUAACUUACGACACAUACAUCCGAAUACAUUCACCGGCACUGCGCUCGACAUCCAAGUGCUCGCAAUCCGUAACACACCUCUACACGAAGGCCCGCGUAAUGACCUAUUCGUAGCGUUGAACACGUUGAAACACGCGCGCGAAAUAUACUUAACCAACACUAGUAUUUACGUUAUUCCCAGCAACGCGUUCGUGUCCCUGGUCAAUUUAGAAAAAUUAUAUAUUGAUGAUGGUCUGGUGAGAACUAUUAAAAGUAUGGCGUUCAGAGAUUUGCCCAUGCUCAAUUACUUGCGUUUGGCCGGCAAUAGAAUCACCAGGGUCGGCAAACAGGCAUUUGAUCUUAAGUCAAGCGCACAAUUAAAAUAUGGUUUAACUAUUAAUCUAGAUCACAAUCUAUUAACCGACCAGUCAUUUAAUGGUAACCCAUUAUCCGUGGCACAGAUCACCAUGAGCCCAAUUAUGUUACAGCUCGAACACAAUCACAUGACUGUUUUAAACGAGUCAAUAUAUUAUCCAUUGUUAACCACUAAUACUCGUAAUUCGUUUGGUGUUGAGAUUAACUGCGAUUUGUGCGAUAAUUAUUGGCUGAUUAGUGAGGAGUUGAAUGGUUUCCAGACAGGAAAUAUACAUUGUCGAUCAGGUGCAUAUACUCUAGGUGAUUCCACUCAUUUCACAGGCUGUUAA